CGGCUAAGAUUAUUUCGGAUCGGACGGUUCAUGUUUUUCUAUACUCGGCAAUAUACUGCGUUUCAAUGAUGAUUCUGUCUUCUCGACCUCGAUGGUGUGUUACUGUGUUAAUGAAUAUCGGAUUCCAAAAACCAAAACAAAAGUUGCUGUGGAGAGCAUUUCUGUUGGAUUUCGAAUGUCAAGUAUUGAUUGAUGUCCGUCUCGAAUGAAUGAAUCAUGACAGAGAAGCCAACUCCGCCACCGUUGAAGCCUCUCUCCCCUCUCGACUGGGAAACCCUCAUCGACGACUUCCAGUGCGGUGGUCCUCGUUGCCGCAAAUGGACCUCGCUUUACCCAUUACCUUCUCUCCUUGACCACCUGCUCACUGCCCUUCUCCGAAAGGACGUCCCUCUUCCUCUCAAGAUUCAACUCCUCCUUUUCCUUGAAGAAUUUUCGGAUUAUUUCUUCGACCAUGAACACCAGUCCCACUUCCUCGAUCGCCUCGUCGAUACUCUUCGAAUCGUAAUUCAAGCUCCCGUGGAUGGGGUUCACAUCACUUUCACUUUUAGAGAACAAUUGAUGGUUUCCACGACAUCGAUCCUGAUUUGUCUAGAUGUAUUUGGCAACUUUGAAGCGAGAUAUACAGUGAGAUUGGUUGAAUUGUUGUUGACAGUGAUUAAUCGCCCGAAUCAUGGGUUGGACCGGCAUACCCGUGCCAUUGCCUGCGAGUGUCUAAGGGAGUUGGAGAGGGCAAAUCCUUGUCUUCUUUCGGAGAUUGUUGGACAUUUAUGGGGCUUGUGCCAAAACGAGCGCACCCACGCUUCGCAGAGCUACAUUUUGUUGUUCACAUCCGUCAUACAUAACAUUGUGGCUGAGAAAUUAAAUCUGUCUAUCUUGAAUACGUCGACACCAAUGGUUCCUUUCAAUGUGCCCCAGUGGUUACUGGCUCCGAACAGGGAAAUUUCAGGUUUGAAUUAUAAGGAGUUAAGGAGGGCGAUGGCCUUCUUGCUAGAGUGGCCGCAGGUUAUGACCCCUUGUGGGAUGAUGGAGUUCAUGGCAAUGAUAUUGCCAGUAGCAGUGGCCUUGGAAUUGCAGCCGUCAAUGUUGAAGGUGCAGUUUUUUGGAAUGAUUUAUUCGUAUGACCCUAUGCUAUGUCAUGUUGUUUUGAUGAUGUAUUUGCAUUUCUUAGAUGCUUUUGAUGGGCAAGAGGGAGAGAUUUCCCGAAGGCUUUUGUUAGUUUCAAGAGAAGCACAGCAUUAUUUGGUCUUUCGAUUGCUAGCUGUUCAGUGGUUGUUGGGUUUCAGUAAAUUGAUUUUCGGUAAACAAAUUGGAAAAAUUAGGUCUGUCACCAAAAUGUGCUCGACCUUUUAUCCGAAUUUAUUUGAUCCGCUUGCUUUGAAAACGUUGAAACUUGACCUUCUUGCAUUUUGCUCAAUAUGCGUUGAUAUCUUGAGAUCAGAAGGUAGUUCACCUGAGGAAGUAGACUCAGUUAAUCCAGUACAGCUCUUUCAAGACGGUCUUGUAUGUGUAUCAUCUUUCAAAUGGUUACCUCCGGGGAGUACAGAGACUGCUGUCAUGUUCCGUACCUUGCAGAAAUUUGUGAUAAGCGCGUCAUCUCAUUCUGAUUAUGAUCCUUCUACAACGACAUAUCUGUUAGACUCCAUAAUAUUUUGUACCUUGGAGGGGAUGCUUGUGAACAUGAUGUUGGUUAGUUGGAGAUUGGUUCCUGUUGUUGUUGCCUUUGUUGAUCGUUUUCUCUCCUGUAAAAAGCAUUCUUGGUUGGGAGAGCGUUUACUUCAGAAAUUUGAUGAGCAUUUGCUUCCAAAAAUGAUAAUGGAUUAUAAGUUGGUUUCUUACUUCCCAUUAUUUGAUAGAAUUGCUGAAAACGAAACAAUACCUCCACUCAGAUUGUUGGAGCUGCUCUCAAAUUUCAUGUUUUUCCUUGUGGAGAAACAUGGCCCAAAUACAGGAAUGAAAUCUUGGUCCCAUGGAAGUAGGGUUCUGGGGAUUUGUCGGACCAUGCUGAUUCACCAACAUAGUUCCAGAUUGUUCCUUAGAUUAUCUCGUAUGCUUGCUUUUACUUGUCUCUAUUAUCCUGAUUUGGAGGUUCGUGAUAAUGCGAGAAUCUACUUGCGUAUGCUGAUCUGCAUUCCAGGGAAGAAGCUUAGAAACAUCUUGAAACUUGGGGACUUGAUUCUUGGCAUCUCACCAUCUUCACAGUCAACUUCUUUUUACAGUGUCCCGUCACCUCGACUUUCUAAAAAAUUCAAGACAUUUGGGAACUUAUCAUCCUGCAUUCACCUUGAACGUGUGACCCCUUUGCUUGUUAAACAAUUUUGGUCAUUGUCAAGUUUUGGUGUUAGCAACAGCAAACCUUCUUACCUGGAGGGUGUCAAGGACAGUGAGGCCCCUGCUGAGGAAAAUGAAUCUGCCAAAAGUUCUAGUGCAGAGAUUAUUCCUGAAGUGGGAAGAAUUAGCCAACCACGAGAGCCACUGCGCGUGAUGGAUUCUAGAAUUGCAGAGAUUUUGAACACAUUGAGGAAGUACUUUUCCUGCAUUCCUGACUUCAGAUAUAUGCCAGGACUCAGAGUUAGAAUACAGUGCAGUUUGAGACUUGAGUCUAGUAAUUUCAUCCGCAUGUUAGGAAUUGAUACCACUACCUCACCCGUGGAAGAGAUAGAUGCCCUUCCUGCUAUUUAUGCUACUGUGUUAAAAUUCUCAUCUUCGGCACCAUAUGGGUCCAUUCCAUCUUAUCACAUACCUUUUCUUCUUGGUGAACGUUAUGGUAAUGAUGCAUCUCAGAAUCUCUCAUUAAGCAUUGUUCCUGUAGAAAAUGGUGCGAGAGAAGCGGAUAAAUUUAGAGCUUCAGUGGUGAUCGAAUUGGAGCCAAGGGAACCAAUACCUGGUGUGGUUGAUGUUCACAUUGAAACUAACGCAGAAAACGGCCAGAUCAUUCAAGGUCAGCUUCAAGGAAUUACUGUAGGCAUAGAGGACAUGUUUUUAAAGGCCAUUGUUCCACCAGACGUAGCACAAGAUGCAAUACCUCGCUACAAAUUAGACUUGUUCACUGCUUUGUGGGAGGCAUGUGGGACGUCCUCCAACACUGGGCGGGAGACCUUUCCAUUGAAAGGAAGCAAAGGAGUUGCAGCCAUCAGUGGAACUCGAUCUGUCAAGCUUCUUGAUAUCUCUGCAGCCUCUUUAGUUCAGGCAACUGAGCGCCACCUGACAUGCUUUGUUGUGGGUGUGACCGGGGAGCCUCUUAUUGAUAUUGUUAGGGGCGGCGGUAUCAUCCAAAACAUCAUCUGGGAUGAUACUUCAGAUGCAUCCCACGAGGCUACUUCAGUCGCUAAUUCUGAUAUGGGUCCACUUUUCCUGACUUACAACGACGAGGAUGCCAAGGGUGGCGCUAGCAAUGGUAGAAAACGAAACUUGGGCUCUAUUCUUGUCUUAAUAGUUCUUCCUCCGAGGUUUCAUUUGCUUUUCCAAAUGGAAGUCUGUGAUGUUUCAACUUUGGUUCGAAUUCGUACAGAUCACUGGCCCAGCUUAGCCUACAUUGAUGAUUAUUUGGAAGCUUUGUAUCUGUCAUAAGAGUUGUCCUACAAACCUACAUGCAUUUCCUGCACUGGAGUCUAGAUUUUUCUUGCCCCCUCUCAGAUGCUGAAAAUAGUUUUCACCAAAUUGUUUCAAACAAAUAUGAGAGGGUUGUUCAUUUUUGCACCCGAAUAAAUAUACAGAGUGUAAAUACAUUUUGACGAGAUUCCCCCCAUCAUGUAGUGAUGUAUCCUCAGUCAAUAAUUAUUUUCCAAUGUGGCUGGGGCUGAGCGUUUGAGAAGCUUAAAAAUAUGUAUAGUGUAUUUUGGUGAUUUGUGCUAUUGUUUUUUGGGUCUUGCUGAC